GCGCUGCCGGUCCCGCCCCCGGUGGCGGAAGGAAGAUGCCGGGUUGUAUCUUCCUGCCCUUCGCUCGCCAUGUCUCGCUUUUUGCAGGCGCUGCGCCGGGCCGGUAGCGCCCGGGCGGGCUGUGCGGGGCUGGGGGAGGCGGAUACGGGCCAGUGGGGGCUGACAGGCAUCAAGCUUCGUCCCUAUCAAGUAGAAGGUGUAAAGUGGUUGGUGCAAUGCUACGAAGUCCAGCAUGGCUGUAUCCUGGGUGACGAGAUGGGUCUUGGGAAGACUUGUCAGACUAUUUCUCUACUUCUUUAUUUGACAAAAAAAAUAACGAACAACGAGAGAUUUUUGAUACUUUGUCCUCUGUCCGUUCUGAGCAAUUGGAAGGAAGAACUGGAGAGAUUUGCUCCAGGCCUUUCCUUUGUGACAUACAUAGGCAGCAAGGAGGAGCGACCCAAACUGCAACAGAACCUGAAAGAACAACCUCACUUCCAUGCGCUUUUGACAACAUAUGAGAUUUGUCUGAAAGAUGCAGCAUUUCUGAAAUCCUUUAACUGGGCUGCCCUGGUCGUAGAUGAAGCUCACAGACUGAAAAAUCAAAGUUCUCUACUUCACAAGACGCUUUCUGAGUUCUCAGUAGGCUUCAGCCUGCUACUCACAGGCACUCCAAUCCAGAACAGCCUCCAAGAACUGUACUCCUUACUCAGCCUUAUUGAGCCUGACAUCUUUCCUAGGGAACAAGUGAAAGAAUUUGUUGAGUAUUACCAAGCGGUUGAAAAGGAGAGUGAGUCAGCCAAAGAAUUGCACAAUCUUCUGCAGCCAUUUUUGCUUCGAAGAGUCAAAUCGGAGGUGGCAGCAGAGCUGCCAAAGAAGGUGGAAGUGGUUCUGUACCAUGGAAUGUCAGCUCUGCAGAGGAAGUACUACAAGGCCAUCUUGACGAAAGAUCUAGAUGCAUUUGAAAGUGAAACAGGAAGGAAGGUUACACUUCAAAAUGUCUUAAUUCAGCUUCGGAAGUGUGUUGCCCAUCCAUACCUUUUCAAUGGUGUUGAGCCAGAACCGUUUGAGAUUGGAGAUCAUAUUGUUGAAGCCAGUGGCAAGCUGUAUUUGUUGGAUAAACUUCUUUCAUUCUUGUAUGCUGGUGGCCACCGUGUCUUGCUCUUUUCUCAGAUGACUCAGCUGCUUGACAUCAUGCAAGACUACAUGGACUAUAGAGGCUACAGCUACGAGCGGCUGGAUGGUUCUGUUAGAGGUGAAGAGAGACAUCUCGCCAUUAAGAACUUUGGUCAACAGCCCAUCUUUAUCUUCCUGCUGAGCACCAGAGCAGGUGGAGUUGGCAUGAACCUGACAGCAGCAGAUACAGUUAUUUUUACUGAUAGUGAUUUUAACCCACAAAAUGACUUGCAAGCGAUAGCAAGAGCUCACCGGAUUGGGCAGCACAAGCCUGUAAAAAUUAUCCGCUUGAUUGGGCGAGAUACGAUUGAAGAAAUAAUCUACCGAAGAGCGGCUUCUAAGCUCCGUCUGACAAAUGCCAUUGUAGAAGGGGGACAGUUUGCUCUGGGAGCGCCCAAGCCUCAGGGAGCAUCAGAUUUACAGCUGAGUGAAAUCUUGAAAUAUGGCUUGGAUAAACUGCUCUCCUCUGAGGGGAGCACCAUACAGGAUGUGGACCUAGAAAAGAUCCUUGGGGAGACAAAAGGAGGGAAGUGGGUAAUGGACACUGUCCUGCCACAUGAAGAAGAGAAUGAAGAGGAAGAUACAGAGAGUUUUAAAUUCUUUUUUAAAGAUCACAUGUAUGUGUAUGAAGGCAAAGAUUAUUCAAAAGAACCGAGUAGAGAAGACAAAAGAGCAUUUGAUCAGCUUUUGGAUCUUCAGAAAGCCUUGACUGAAGAGACCAGUAAAGAAGGGAGAGCUCUACGGAACAAAGCAAACGUACUUCUCACAGGCCUCAGGGAACCAUCAACCAGAAGGAAGCACUUGUUGAGCACAGAGGAGCUGGAGGCUAGGAGGAAGAAGCGCCAAGAAGCAGCAGCAAAGAGAGCAAGGCUUAUGGAGGAAAAGAAGAAGGCAAAAGCAGAGGCUGAACACAAGAAAAAGAUGGCCUGGUGGGAGGAAAAUCAUUACACAUCUACCUGCCUUCCUUCAGAGGGAAGUGACUUUGAGGAAGAGCUCGAGGAGGAUGAGGCUGGGCUGAAUGUGGAUUUACACUACGAAGAUGCAGACUUGAACAGUAUAAAGUACAUCAUGGGAGAUGUCACCCACCCCAAAGCAGAAGAGGAGGAUGCCAUCGUUGUCCACUGCCUAGAUGACUCUGGCCGCUGGGGGAGGGGUGGUUUAUUUACGGCUCUGGAGGCUCGUUCUGAUCAGCCAAGGAAAAUAUAUGAGAUGGCAGGAAAGAUGAAAGACCUGGAGUUAGGAGGAACGCUCUUAUUCCCCAUUGAUGAUAAAAAAUCCAGGACAAAAGGACAAGACUUGUUGGCCUUGAUUGUAGCUCAGCACCGGGAUCGGUCCAACAACUUGUCUGGCAUUAAGCUGUCUGCUUUGGAAAAGGGCCUGAAGAAGAUUUAUUUAGCAGCCAAGAAAAGGAAUGCAACUGUGCAUCUUCCACGUAUUGGGUAUGCAACAAAAGGUUUCAACUGGUAUGGUACUGAGCGGCUCAUCCGAAAGUAUUUGGCAACACGUGGUAUCCCCACUCUUAUCUACUACUUCCCUAGGAACAAAGGCUCUGCCUCUGCUUCACAACCUAAUUCAUCUUCAGUGACGGUCUCAAAGCCAUGAAGAUGCACUACAUUUACGGAGAAACACACGCAAAAAGCCAAGGAUCUUCUUGGCAUCAUGCAGACCGUCUAUAUACAUUAAGUUCAGAAACAUGGUGUACACAACCGUUAUUCACCCCUGCAUGCCUCUGCCUUUGUUGGACAGAAUGUUUACAUGCUGUCAGUAGCUCAGGAGAGGAAGAAUGAGACUGCUUCAGAGUCUUUGGAUGAGGAUGUUGGCUCAAUCCCAGAUCUGUUUUGGAGAUGGGAAAUUAAACUUGCACUGAUGGUCUGUUGCUACCCCUUGCAUUAAGUUAUUUCUAGGGCUUGGAAUACAGUAUUGUUUGGCCAUAUUUUUUCUCCCCUUCAAAUUUCAUCUUUUGCCUCACUCUACGUCUUUUCGAUCAGCUUUUUAGUGUUUCCCCGGGACUCCGUGCCCAUGUAGAUGUCUUGGAGGACAGGAAGCUGUCUGCAUUAACACUGCAUGACAACCACAAAGUAUAAACUGUUUAUACUGUUCCAGUUCUCCAGAAGUCCAUUUGACUUGUAUUAUUUCAAAUAUAAAAUUUAGCCACAUGACCACAAGCUUACAAUCACGAGCAAAAUCCUGACUGGUGUUCUGGGCAAAAGCAUGCAAGGCUGCCAAACUUUGAGACUGGCUUUAUAAAUGACACCUUUCCUUCUCCCACAACUGCUUUUUCAUUACACAGUUCUUUGUGGCUGCUGUUGGGCAAAACCAGUUCCUUACUGCUGUCCAGAAAGCUGUGUGAAAGUUUCCAUGACCCUUUGUUUCACUUUAGGGAAAUAGUAAUGCAGUUUUUGAUCUUGCUUUUACUCUUUUCAAUAGAACUUUCCUGCUUUUUUGCACUCUUAAGGGAUUUUGUACUACAAUGAGGCAAUAGUAGCUCUUCUAAUAAGUGUUUUGACCAGAGAGACUGUGAGGUGCCAAACUUAAUUCUAUUUAAAGUUCAGCUUCCAAUAGGAAAUCGCCCCACAAGCAGUGGAAAGUAUGUCUUUAAUAUCUAUUUGCCAACACACGUCUCGUUUGCUGCAUUUACACUGCCUCUGUAGCACCAUCUGGUUACUUAAUAAUUUCAGGCCUGAUUCUGACAUGGCUCAUGGCACUGACUGGUAUGCUCCUCACUAGAAAAAGCCCUCCUGAGUUUGAUACUCUGUCAUUCGCUCUUGGCUUUACCAGAAAAACCCUAAGUGAUUCGUUAUCCCCUUUGACCCUGCUGAAGCCUAGGUAAGCUAGUGCUGCACAGCACCUGUGUGGGUAGGACCUUUCUUGCAGUUCCUCAGAGGAAUGGACCCUCUGUUUUUGGCAAAGGGCUUGCAGGAUCAGAGUCUGACUGUGAAAGUUUUUCUGGGGUGAAAGGUGAUGUGCAAGAUGUACAUUACCUUGUUUUCCUCCAGUCAUGUGAACUGGCGCUCUUCCAGCGAACCGGCUGGGGGCACUGUUAAUCAGCUGCAGCAGCACAUGUUGCUCCUCGGCCUCCUUUCAGAGAGCAGGGCAGUGGUCUCCAAGCUGGAGAAAUGCUACCUCUUUGCCAGAAUUAAAACACCGAUUCUGCUUUUCUCUAUGCCAGUUUGACUGAACAUGUGAUUUCAGUCUGCAGACUCAAGGCUCUCUUCCUCCACCCCUAUAUAUUUAUUGCCCUUUAAAAGGUUUCAUUCCCAAGUGUUCCUGUGUGUGCAGUCCUGUGUUUUAGUUUCACGCACACCUCUGGCCAAAUCCCAGCCUGCCUACGGGUUCUCUGGCCACCAUGCACUUACACGUGGACAGGAUUUUACUUGUGGAUGAGUUCUCCAGAACAGGUCGAAGUAGGGCAUUUACCACCACCUUAGCCAGGUAUUUCUAUUUGAGGCCUCAUGCUUGCUCUGCCUCUGUCCUGUGCCCCCUACCCUGCUGUAACUCCAACUAGGAUUCUAACAGAGAGGAGAGCAUGCCUGCCUGCCUGUUAAUGUCCCUUAGUCUCUAGGUUCAAGUCCAGGGGGGCUGUGAGGAUCAUGGCACACACAUGGUAUGCAAUAGAUUCUAGACUCCAAAUUUAGGGGCAGGUCAGACAAAAGAUGUUCUCUUUUCCCCCUCUAGUCCUCUUAGCCUUACAGAUUUCUUUUCUCCC